AUGAAGAAGGCUGCAGCUCAAAAAACAAGGGAGCACUGGGAGAGAAAGGCCCGGCAGUUUCUGGAAUCUCCAUCGUAUCGCUCCGGGGGAGCUCACCAGCCUAACUACCCUCACCAGCCUCCCCACCCUCACCAGCCUAACUACCCUCACCAGCCUAACUACCCUCACCAGCCUAACUACCCUCACCAGCCUCACCAGCCUAACUACCCUCACCAGCCUCCCCACACUCACCAGCCUAACUACCCUCACCAGCCUAACUACCCUCACCAGCCUAACUACCAUCACCAGCCUCACCAGCCUCCCCACCCUCACCAGCCUAACUACCCUCACCAGCCUCCCCACCCUCACCAGCCUAACUACCCUCACCAGCCUCACCAGCCUAACUACCCUCACCAGCCUAACUACCCUCACCAGCCUCACCAGCCUAAUUACCCUCACCAGCCUCCCCACCCUCACCAGCCUAACUACCCUCACCAGCCUAACUACCCUCACCAGCCUAACUACCCUCACCAGCCUCACCAGCCUAACAACUCUCACCAGCCUCCCCACCCUCACCAGCCUAACUACCCUCACCAGCCUCCCCACCCACACCAGCCUAACUACCCUCCCCAGCCUCACCAGCCUAAUUACCCCCACCAGCCUAACUACCCUCACCAGCCUAACUACCCUCACCAGCCUAACUACCCUCACCGGCCUCACCAGCCUAACUACCCUCAUCAGCCUAACUACCCUCACCAGCCUAUCUACCCUCACCAGCCUAACUACCCUCACCAGCCUAACUACCCCCACCAGCCUCACCAGCCUAACUACCCCCACCAGCCUCACCAGCCUAACUAUCCUCACCACCUUCACCACCAUCAACACCAUCACCACCCUCACUAG